GAGACCCCGCUGGGGUCGAGUUCCCCUCCGCAAUCAUGAAUAAAGAAGCACCGCUCUCGAUUGCCGAGCGCGAUUUUAUCCUCAAUGCGCUGCGCGAAGGCGUGAGACUGGAUGGCCGGGAGGCUGACCAGCUCCGUCCUUUGAAAGUCUCGUUUGGGGAGGAAUACGGGCAUGUGAAAGUGCAGCUGGGUAAGACCAGUCUCAUUGUUCGCAUCUCGUCGGAAGUAACGAAGCCGCACGAUGACCGCCCCUUCGAUGGCCUGUUCACCAUCGCCCUGGAGUUGACUGCCAUGGGCUCGCCUGCGUGGGACAAUGGCCGACAGGGAGAUUUGGAGACCUACGUGACCAACACGCUCGAUCGCGUGGUCCGUCAUUCGAACGCUUUGGACACCGAGUCCCUCUGCAUCAUGAAAGGAGUCAGCUGCUGGAGUAUCCGAGCUGACGUACACAUUACCGACUACGAUGGGAAUCUUGUUGACGCUUCCUGUAUCGGAAUCAUGGCCGGACUGCUACAUUUCCGGCGUCCCGACGCCGUCGUCAAGGAUGGACAGGUGAUUGUGUACGGACUCGACGAGCGGGUACCGGUCGCUCUCAACAUCACCCACAAGCCACUGGCUGUCACCUUCCACACUUUCGACGAAGGCAAGCUAGUCAUCCUGGAUGCGACCCGAAAGGAGGAACAGGCGUCCGAGGCGGACGUGGUGAUUGGCCUUAACAACGCGGGCGAUGUCUGCUUCGUGUCCAAGUUCUCGGGAUCGCCUGUGGAUGCUAUGGUGUUUGUCAACAAGACCAACGUUGCCCUGGAGAAGGUCAAGGAGAUCAACGGGGUCAUCGACAAGGCGUUGCAGGCCGAUCUGGCCAAGCGGGGCAAGGGUGGGCUCGCAGAACAAUCGCGGGCGGAGAAUGACCGGUAACGCUUCAAACCUCGAUCAACUAUUGAAACGACGAAUCCGAUUUUACUUUGGGCAGCAUGUAUUAUAAACCAGCGAUCAAAGGACCGUUUUGUCUGACACUUCCGUUUCAGAACAAAACACUUGUAUCUUAAAGGAGAAGUAGGGAAGCC